CACCACGGGGUCCCUCUUUCUCUUUCAGUUUGAUUCCGAAAUUGAUGCGGGAGCCCGAGGCUCGGGGAGCUUUUGUUCUUCAGAGUUCUCCAUCAACGGGCACUUACCUCUGGAUCCAACAAAAAAAGAGAAAAGGGCACUUACAUCUGGGAGAAAGAAAACGUUCGAAAGAAGAUGCCAGACUUUCAGUUGGGAUCUCACACAUUAAAAUCUCAUGGAGUCAAAGUGGCUAAAGUGCACAAAUAUGAUUGGUUAAUUCUUCUGCUUCUUGCGGCGGUUGAUAUAACUUUGAAUGUUAUAGAGCCUUUUCACCGUUUUGUUGGCGAGGAAAUGAUGACUGAUCUGAAAUACCCUUUUCAUAAGGACACCAUACCUUUUUGGGCUGUUCCAAUUUACGCAGUAAUCUUGCCUCUUGUCAUCUUUCUCCUGUACUAUUUUUUCAGAAAGGAUGUUUAUGAUUUGCACCAUGCCAUAUUGGGUCUUUUCUAUUCUGUUCUUAUAACUCUUGUUAUAACCGAUUCAAUCAAAGAUGCUGUUGGUCGCCCCCGUCCAAACUUCUUCUGGCGGUGUUUCCCUGAUGGAAUAGGUGAAUUUGAUCCUGUCAGUGGCAAUGCUAUGUGUAAUGGAGAUAAGAAAGUUAUCAAGGAAGGACACAAAAGCUUUCCUAGUGGGCAUACUUCAAUUUCAUUUGCAGGUCUUGGCUUCCUUGCAUGGUAUUUGUCAGGGAAAAUUAAAGUGUUUGAUCGUAGGGGCCAUUCUGCAAAGCUCUGCAUUGCAUUUCUUCCGUUACUCUGCGCUGCUCUUGUGGGAAUCUCUCGUGUGGAUGACUACUGGCAUCAUUGGCAAGAUGUCUUUGCUGGAGGUCUUAUAGGAAUUAUCAUAGCUUCAAUUUGUUACUUGCAGUCCUUCCCUCUCCCAAACCAGCACGAUGGGUGGGCACCUCAUGCAUAUUUUUCCAUGCUGGCUGCAGAGAGGAAUGGUGGCCAGUCCAUGUCCCCAGCCACAAGGGCUAAUUACAGUCCAGAUUUCACUCCACAAGAUACCAGUCCACCACCCCACCAAUUACUGGAAGAAAUGGAAACUGGGAGAAGAUACUGAUUUUGCAGUUGUAUAUGUCAAAUAGAAAUCAUAACUUACUUAAGGAAGAUACUUUGUACGCGCGAUGCAGAACUUCAUUUGAUGACUGUAGCUCCCAACUUCAUUAUUUAUUUAAUGAAAAAUUUUCAAUGUCUUGCUGUCCAAGUUUCAUUUUCAGGCUGCUGUGGCAAUAUAACUUUGAGAUCGAUGUACUCUUUCAAAACCUGUUGGUCUUUUAACAGCUGAGGUUGUUGACUACUAGGAGAGACAUUAAAAGGAGAAAUCUCAAGUCAAAGAAAACAAUAUGAAACAUUAAAUGGCCGGGCGCGUCUUAGUUAAUGUCUGAACCCCCAACCCAACUUUCAGGAACCGUUGGCUGUUAACUGGUGAUUGCUGGCAACAAGAAAAGCUAUCCCAUUUACAUAAUUACAGUUGCUGCACUGCCUGCUCUCAUAAAUUCCUUCAAUUUAAGCCUCUUACCUUAUUUCCCUUUGAAUAUAUAGCUACACCUUCAUCUGCAUCUUCAUUAACAUACUAUAUAUAUCGCCUUGGCAUGUAGCUCUCUCCUUGAUUCCAUCUCUCAGAAAAAUAUGCAGACAUUUACCGGAUUCUGUGGAAGCUUGAAGAGGUACAGGAGGAGAAGACGAUAUCGAAGACUAAGAAGUGUGGUUAGCAAAGAGGAAAAUGCAAGGGUUUCAAUGGCAGAAGGGAAA